AUAUACUCAGAAAGUUGCAACUACGUGCUCAGCAACGGCAGCAGCAACGCAACGAAAAUGAAUCGUUCAACCGAAUCGAUAUACAUCUACAAUACAACACCACUGUCUACUGUAUACAAAAUUACAUGUACGAAUACAUAAAAGCAUGCUUCAUAGCUGAAUAAUUGUUGUAGCAGAUCCCAAUAACAGAAUCGCGAACAAUGCAGCAGAUUUCUGGCACAAAAUAAACGUAUAUCUACCACAUCUACCCCCUCACAACACUUUUCAAACGAGAGCUGGUGGUGGGCCUCGCCCCAAAAUGACAAAAUGCAGUGGGCUACGAAGUCCCAAUGCAGUAAUUAAUCACAAACACAAAGGCCAAGAAGAAUAGAAAAUAAUUGAAAUGUUAGGUGAUUUAAUCAAACGAAACAAAUUAGUAAAUAGAAAGGGGGCAACGGACGAGUGUACAAAGGUGUCAACUCUAAUGUGUACUUAAAAACUAAACACAGGGAAGAAUAUAAAAGUUUGCUUGAAGACUGCCUAAAAUCACCUGAACGUUUCAGUGUUUGCUACGUGCUGAGUUCGAAAUUUACAAAACUCUUCCUCUCGUCGUUGUUGUUUGCUGUGAAACAAUAACAAGAUGGGAUCAUUAUUUCGGAGUGAGGAGAUGACUUUGUGUCAGCUCUUCCUGCAGAGCGAAGCGGCCUAUGCUUGUGUCUCAGAAUUAGGUGAAUUGGGUCUAGUGCAGUUUAGAGACCUCAACCCCGAUGUAAAUGUAUUUCAACGAAAAUUCGUCAAUGAAGUGAGGCGUUGUGAUGAAAUGGAACGUAAAUUGCGUUACUUAGAAAAAGAAAUAAAAAAAGAUGGUAUACCAAUGUUGGACACAGGCGAAAGUCCGGAAGCACCACAACCCAGAGAAAUGAUUGAUUUGGAAGCCACCUUUGAAAAACUGGAAAAUGAAUUGCGUGAAGUAAAUCAAAAUGCAGAGGCUUUGAAGCGCAAUUUUUUGGAAUUAACUGAAUUGAAGCAUAUUUUACGCAAAACGCAAGUUUUCUUCGACGAGACGGUGCCUACAGUUUCUUACAAUACUUCCUCCUCCACUGCUACUUUUAAAUCACGCUGGCGUUAUGGACGGAGACAGAUGGCCGACAAUCAGAAUGAGGAUGAACAAGCGCAGUUGCUGGGCGAAGAAGCCGGCGUACGCGCCAGUCAGCCGGGACAAAAUUUGAAGCUUGGUUUUGUUGCUGGCGUAAUUCUGCGCGAACGUUUGGCCGCAUUUGAGCGCAUGUUAUGGCGCGCCUGUCGUGGUAAUGUUUUUCUGCGUCAAGCCAUGAUUGAGUCACCGCUCGAAGACCCGUCGAAUGGUGACCAAGUGUACAAAUCCGUGUUCAUUAUCUUCUUCCAAGGCGACCAAUUGAAGACACGUGUAAAGAAAAUUUGCGAAGGCUUUCGCGCCACUCUCUAUCCAUGCCCUGAGGCACCGGCCGAUCGCCGUGAAAUGGCUAUGGGGGUUAUGACACGCAUUGAGGAUUUGAAUACGGUGCUUGGUCAAACACAAGAUCAUCGUCAUCGUGUUUUGGUCGCCGCCGCUAAGAAUUUAAAAAAUUGGUUUGUUAAAGUGCGUAAAAUCAAGGCAAUUUAUCAUACCUUGAAUCUCUUCAAUUUGGAUGUGACACAAAAGUGUCUAAUUGCUGAAUGUUGGGUGCCGGUGCUGGACAUCGAGACCAUACAAUUGGCAUUACGACGCGGCACUGAACGUUCGGGUUCCUCGGUGCCACCGAUUUUGAAUCGUAUGCAAACUUUUGAAAAUCCACCAACCUAUAAUCGCACGAAUAAAUUUACCAAAGCUUUUCAAGCACUAAUCGAUGCAUAUGGUGUUGCCUCGUAUCGUGAGAUGAAUCCUGCACCAUAUACAAUUAUAACAUUUCCCUUUCUUUUUGCUGUGAUGUUUGGUGAUCUCGGCCAUGGUACGUUAAUGGCAUUAUUCGGUUUAUGGAUGAUACGCAAAGAAAAAGGUUUGGCUGCGCAGAAAACUACAAAUGAAAUUUGGAACAUAUUUUUCGGUGGCCGUUACAUAAUAUUCCUAAUGGGUGUAUUCUCUAUGUAUACGGGUUUAAUAUACAAUGAUAUAUUUUCGAAAUCUUUGAAUAUAUUUGGAUCACAUUGGCAUGUUAAUUAUAAUAAGACGACGGUGCUGAAUAAUAAACACUUGCAAUUAAAUCCAUCCACUGUUGAUUAUGAAGGUGAACCCUAUCCUUUCGGUAUGGAUCCCAUUUGGCAGGUGGCCACAGCCAAUAAGAUUAUCUUCCAAAAUUCAUAUAAAAUGAAAAUCUCUAUAAUACUUGGUGUAAUUCAUAUGAUUUUCGGUGUAUCAUUGAGUCUGCAUAAUCACACUUACUUCAAGAAUCGAAAUGCCGUACUCUAUGAGUUCAUACCACAAUUGGUCUUCUUGGUAAUGAUGUUCUUCUACUUGGCUCUUUUAAUGUUCAUCAAAUGGAAUAGAUAUGCGGCAACCAAUUUACCGCCUUAUUCUGCUGGCUGUGCUCCUUCGAUUUUGAUUACGUUCAUCGACAUGGUCUUGGGAAAUACUCCAAAGACACCACUUGAAGGCUGCGAGUCGUAUAUGUAUGCUGGGCAAUCAUUAUUCCAGUCAUUAUUCCGUUUUAUUGCAUUGUGUUGUAUACCGGUUAUGCUGCUGGGAAAACCACUUAAAAUUAUACAGGCCCGCCGGCAAGCAAACGAGGAGCGACAAAAUCUAACUGGCGCCACUAGUGACGCUGAAGUUGGCAUGACCAAUGGCACAGCUGGCGGCGGUGCUGGACACGGCGGUGGCGGUGAUAAUCAUGAAGAGGAAGAAUUAUCUGAAAUCUGCAUACAUCAAGGCAUACAUACUAUUGAAUUUGUAUUGGGCUCCGUCUCGCAUACAGCAUCAUAUUUACGUUUGUGGGCACUUUCUUUGGCACAUGCACAAUUGGCCGAGGUUUUAUGGAAUAUGGUUUUAUCGAUUGGUUUGCGUCAGGAAGGUUGGACUGGUGGCAUUAUGCUGACUAUAGUGUUCGCCUUCUGGGCUAUACUAACCAUUGGCAUACUGGUUCUUAUGGAAGGUUUGUCAGCAUUUUUGCAUACUCUACGUUUGCACUGGGUUGAAUUCCAAAGCAAAUUCUACAAAGGUACCGGUUAUGCUUUCCAACCAUUUGCUUUCGAUCAGAUUAUUGAAAACGGCGGUACUCCUGCAGUUGAAGGUGCAGAGUAAAUCAUAGGAAGCACUUUAAUUGAAUCAUUUGAGGGACGCAACCAACAUCGGUUGCGCCACAUUUACAGCACAUACAAGUGGAAGAAUUUAUGCACACAUAAAGUUAUAAUAAAUUAUAUAAAUAAAUAUGUUAAUGAAUUUAAUGUGUAAUAUUCACAUAUAACUGCUAGAGUUAACUUUAGUGAAAUUACAUUCGUAUGAACACAUACAAUUGUAUACAUCAUAAUUUAAUCAUACACAUAUACAUAUGUACACGUAAUGAUUAGUAAAAAUAUCCAUAACAAUAAGGCUUUCGGUAUGCAUUCUAUGACGGUGUGAGGCAUCCUAUGGGAAUGCAUGUGAAGAAUUAAGACCGCCUUUCUACUUUCAAAUGAGAUUAUCCAAUAUCUAACACACACAUAGAUGAAUAAACACAUUUUUUAUGUUUCGUAUUUAAUAA